CCCGGAAGUACUCAAACGCAGAGACGCACAAACACUGGAAACGUCAAUGGGGGUAACUUGUGUGUGUCAGGUGCCCGUGGCGGAGGGGAAGAGCGUGCAGCAGACAGUUGACCUCCUGCACAAGAAGCUGGAGCAGAUGGGCGCUGUGAAGCAGGGCAGCUUCUGCGUAGACUGCGAGACAUACCAUGCCACAGGAAAUGUCAGCGGCCAGCCAUCCAAACUCUUAUACGUGAUGCACAACUCCGAAACUCCCCUCAGCUGCAUGGCGCUGUUCGAAGGCGGACCCUGCCUGGUGGCAGACGGCAACUUUGACGUCCUCAUGGUGAAGCUCAAGAGUCACUUCCAGAACGCCAAAGGGCACAAGGUGGAGUGUCGCGGCUCCAGAUAUCGCUACUGUGACUUCUUGAUCAAAGUUGGGACAGUAACCAUGAGCUCGAGUGCGCGGGGGAUCUCAGUAGAGGUGGAGUACUGUCCCUGCGUGGUCCCGGGGGACUGCUGGAACCUCAUGAAGGAGUUCAUGCAGUGUUUCCUCAGCACCAGCGUUCCUGAACUGCCCUCUGUGUUCGCUGCCAAGCCCGAGGGGCUUUUUGCUCCAGCAGACUGUGUUGACACCAUGACUCAGUAUUUAGAGUUGUUCAACAAACUUCGCAAGCUGCAAAUCCCAGGAAGUAACGUGCGUUGAGUUUACUUUGGAAACGUCCAAGGGGAUUUUAAUGUUUAUAUUGAUGCUGGUUUAUUUCUGGUUGUGUGGGUCAGUGUGGUAUCCACAAGGUUUAGAUUUUGCAUUUGCUACUUGAUGAAAGUAUUUUUUAAUAAAAUAAAACAGUAAAGGAGUCUGAGCUGGUUUGUUUCUGCUGUCUUGGCUCAUUUAUAUUUAUAGUCAUAGUUUAUUUUUAACAUUUUAAAGCAAUGCAGAUAAACCACAGACAUCACACCCUGUUUUUUUUUCU